AUGAUAGCUGACUUGAGGAGUUAUAUAAGGAAGUUUCUAACUGAGGGGUUGAGCUAUUUGGUGAAAGAAUGUAGAUCUUCUAUGAUCAACUGGGAGAUUGAUCUUCCUAGGUUAAUAAUUCAUGCCCAACAUAUUGAGCCAGACAAGAUAAAGGAAAGAGAAAGAGUAAGAGGGAUUAAGAUAGUGAAAUCAGAGCAACAAGGGCACCAGCUCGAGAAUAGGUCGGUACCUUCUAGGUCUCAGGAUAGUGUAAGGAAUUGGCCUCAUCCUUCUUCGUGUGCUAAGUGUGGUAAAGAUCAUUUUGAGGAGUGUCAUAUGGGGCAGCGGGGCUAUUUUAGUUGUGGCAAGUUGGGCCACAUACAAAGAGACUUCCCCCAUGCCAGACAGCAGAGUCGUGAUGCCCGUCCGCAGAGUCAGGCUACCAGUGCCCCCCCUCCCGCAGCCCGUCCAGUUCCUCCUCAGGGUGCUUUAUCUAGUACUGCUGGUGGUCAAUGCCAGAAUUAUUUCUUUGCUAUACCACCUCAUUAG